AAUAAUAUUACCAACAGCAGUUCACCAUUUACGUUUUGUAUUUCGUGCAUUGAACAUAUUUUCUUUGUGUUUUUAUCGCCUCCUUCCUAAUUCAUAAUGUAAACAGACAAUGAAAGGGAAAGGCAAGGGCAUUAUAGACAAGGAUUGCCCUCUACAGUUCCCAGAUCUGCAGCCAGUAGACCAUGCCACAGAAUGCCCUAAAUAUACAGCUGUUCUGACACGGUCUGAAGAUGAGGGGAUAGGUCUUGAGGAGCUUGAGGUCAUACAGAGUGACCUGGAGACUCUGUUGGCAUCAGCAGGACUGAGAUUAAAGCAGCUGGAACAUGAGAAGCAGAUCCUGGUAAACUGGCAAGAUAAGAAGGACAAGAAAGGGCUCACUCCAGGGAAGGUGCAACCUGAGACACCUACUUCAGGUAAGAGAGGGAAAGUUGUUGAGGAGAAACCAAGCAAGAAGUUCAAGGGUGCUACAGAGACCUCAGGGAAGGGAGCAAUUCACCAGACCCCUACAGGGCCAGGGCGACCAAAGUCGAAAAUCAACCAGACAAAGGGAGAAUAUGACAGUGCUGCUGAUUCUCCUAUUGACUUGCCCAAAUUACCAAAGAACGACGCUGUUAACCGCUUCUGGGUAUCUGUGGAGCCCUACUGUGCUGACAUCACUACAGAGGAUAUCAAAGUCCUAGAGGACCUCCUCAUUAGUCACCAAGAUGAUGCUGACUUUUUUAAAGUGCCUGCCCUUGGAAAACAUUUCUCUGACAGAUGGGCUGAGGAAGACCUCUUGGAGGAACAGAGAGAUGGGGCAAAGAUAAAUGACAGGCGGAGAGGGAACAAUAACAAUCACAGUGGCUGUCCAGAUGUUACGACCUUGCUAAAGAAGGCCGAGCAGAGUAAUGUGGAUGAGUCUCCGUUUGGGCCCCUCACCCAGCGAUUAGUGUCCGCCCUCAUUGAGGAGAACAUAAUGACACCAAUGGACGAUGCCAUGACGGAACUAGGUGGAGAGUCUGCAGACGAAGCUCCAGCUAUAUCUCCUAGAGCAUUAGCCAAGCAGUUAAAUAUUGGCAACCCUAUACACUUAGAGAAACGUAUCAAACGUGAACUGGAGGAGCAAGGUAACAAGCAGUUAAAUAUUGGCAACCCUAUACACUUAGAGAAACGUAUCAAACGUGAACUGGAGGAGCAAGGUAACAAGCAGUUAAAUAUUGGCAACCCUAUACACUUAGAGAAACGUAUCAAACGUGAACUGGAGGAGCAAGGUAACAAGCAGUUAAAUAUUGGCAACCCUAUACACUUAGAGAAACGUAUCAAACGUGAACUGGAGGAGCAAGGUAACAAGCAGUUAAAUAUUGGCAACCCUAUACACUUAGAGAAACGUAUCAAACGUGAACUGGAGGAGCAAGGUAACAAGCAGUUAAAUAUUGGCAACCCUAUACACUUAGAGAAACGUAUCAAACGUGAACUGGAGGAGCAAGGUAACAGGCAGUUAAAUAUUGGCAACCCUAUACACUUAGAGAAACGUAUCAAACGUGAACUGGAGGAGCAAGGUAACAAGCAGUUAAAUAUUGGCAACCCUAUACACUUAGAGAAACGUAUCAAACGUGAACUGGAGGAGCAAGGUAACAAGCAGUUAAAUAUUGGCAACCCUAUACACUUAGAGAAACGUAUCAAACGUGAACUGGAGGAGCAAGGUAACAAGCAGUUAAAUAUUGGCAACCCUAUACACUUAGAGAAACGUAUCAAACGUGAACUGGAGGAGCAAGGUAACAAGCAGUUAAAUAUUGGCAACCCUAUACACUUAGAGAAACGUAUCAAACGUGAACUGGAGGAGCAAGGUAACAAGCAGUUAAAUAUUGGCAACCCUAUACACUUAGAGAAACGUAUCAAACGUGAACUGGAGGAGCAAGGUAACAAGCAGUUAAAUAUUGGCAACCCUAUACACUUAGAGAAACGUAUCAAACGUGAACUGGAGGAGCAAGGUAACAAGCAGUUAAAUAUUGGCAACCCUAUACACUUAGAGAAACGUAUCAAACGUGAACUGGAGGAGCAAGGUAACAAGCAGUUAAAUAUUGGCAACCCUAUACACUUAGAGAAACGUAUCAAACGUGAACUGGAGGAGCAAGGUAACAAGCAGUUAAAUAUUGGCAACCCUAUACACUUAGAGAAACGUAUCAAACGUGAACUGGAGGAGCAAGGUAACAGGCAGUUAAAUAUUGGCAACCCUAUACACUUAGAGAAACGUAUCAAACGUGAACUGGAGGAGCAAGGUAACAGGCAGUUAAAUAUUGGCAACCCUAUACACUUAGAGAAACGUAUCAAACGUGAACUGGAGGAGCAAGGUAACAGGCAGUUAAAUAUUGGCAACCCUAUACACUUAGAGAAACGUAUCAAACGUGAACUGGAGGAGCAAGGUAACAGGCAGUUAAAUAUUGGCAACCCUAUACACUUAGAGAAACGUAUCAAACGUGAACUGGAGGAGCAAGGUAUACUGGACAUGGAAGAAAAGGUAGAGGACAACCCUGAUGAUGAGAUUCUAACGGAGCUACGUCAGAAACAACAGGACCUAAAGGCAAUCAGUCAACACAACAUUGUCGUAACAAAGAGUCUACUGGAGCGGGCCAAGGAGGAGAUGAAAAAACAGGAAAUAAGGAAGAAGUUGGCUGCUGCUGAUGCUGAGGUAUUGGAUGCUUACAGGAAAAUCCAGGCAGCUCGUCAGAAAAAGAAAACACCAACAAAGAAGGAAAAGGAUGCUGCGUGGAAAGCGCUCAAAGAACGAGACGCUUUAGUGAAAGUUUUAGCUUCAAAAAACAAGUGAUCUGUUCUACAUUCUAACAUUUUGGAGUCCAUGAAAACUUUUUACGCAAAUUAUUUAGUAUACGUUAUACAUCUACUGGUGAAAGGUUAAUCCUGUUUGGGCAGGAGGUGACAGCAAAUCAUCAUAAGUCAUACGAUGAACAAAAUCAAUCAUACUUAGACACAUAUUAUGUACAUAUUGAUUUUAAGUAUACUGUAUCAUUCAUUUUUUUAUUGCAAUUAUUUUGCAUAGUACUGUU